AUGAAUAAGCGUCAUUCAUAUGGCGUUCGUCUCAACGGUUCAGCGUUUCAAAGUAAAAUUUAUCAAACUAGAACAUCGUUGACUCGAAAUACUACUACUACUACUACUACUACUACUACUACUACUACUACUACUACUACUACUACUACUACUACUACUACUACUACUACUACUACUACUACUACUACUACUACUACUACUACUACUACUACUACUACUACUACUACUACUACUACUACUACUACUACUACUACUACUACUACUACUACUACUACUACUACUACUACUACUACUACUACUACUACUACUACUACUACUACUACUACUACUACUACUACUACUACUACUACUACUACUACUACUACUACUACUACUACUACUACUACUACUACUACUACUACUACUACUACUACUACUACUACUACUACUACUACUACUACUACUACUACUACUACUACUACUACUACUACUACUACUACUACUACUACUACUACUACUACUACUACUACUACUACUACUACUACUACUACUACUACUACUACUACUACUACUACUACUACUACUACUACUACUACUACUACUACUACUACUACUACUACUACUACUACUACUACUACUACUACUACUACUACUACUACUACUACUACUACUACUACUACUACUACUACUACUACUACUACUACUACUACUACUACUACUACUACUACUACUACUACUACUACUACUACUACUACUACUACUACUACUACUACUACUACUACUACUACUACUACUACUACUACUACUACUACUACUACUACUACUACUACUACUACUACUACUACUACUACUACUACUACUACUACUACUACUACUACUACUACUACUACUACUACUACUACUACUACUACUACUACUACUACUACUACUACUACUACUACUACUACUACUACUACUACUACUACUACUACUACUACUACUACUACUACUACUACUACUACUACUACUACUACUACUACUACUACUACUACUACUACUACUACUACUACUACUACUACUACUACUACUACUACUACUACUACUACUACUACUACUACUACUACUACUACUACUACUACUACUACUACUACUACUACUACUACUACUACUACUACUACUACUACUACUACUACUACUACUACUACUACUACUACUACUACUACUACUACUACUACUACUACUACUACUACUACUACUACUACUACUACUACUACUACUACUACUACUACUACUACUACUACUACUACUACUACUACUACUACUACUACUACUACUACUACUACUACUACUACUACUACUACUACUACUACUACUACUACUACUACUACUACUACUACUACUACUACUACUACUACUACUACUACUACUACUACUACUACUACUACUACUACUACUACUACUACUACUACUACUACUACUACUACUACUACUACUACUACUACUACUACUACUACUACUACUACUACUACUACUACUACUACUACUACUACUACUACUACUACUACUACUACUACUACUACUACUACUACUACUACUACUACUACUACUACUACUACUACUACUACUACUACUACUACUACUACUACUACUACUACUACUACUACUACUACUACUACUACUACUACUACUACUACUACUACUACUACUACUACUACUACUACUACUACUACUACUACUACUACUACUACUACUACUACUACUACUACUACUACUACUACUACUACUACUACUACUACUACUACUACUACUACUACUACUACUACUACUACUACUACUACUACUACUACUACUACUACUACUACUACUACUACUACUACUACUACUACUACUACUACUACUACUACUACUACUACUACUACUACUACUACUACUACUACUACUACUACUACUACUACUACUACUACUACUACUACUACUACUACUACUACUACUACUACUACUACUACUACUACUACUACUACUACUACUACUACUACUACUACUACUACUACUACUACUACUACUACUACUACUACUACUACUACUACUACUACUACUACUACUACUACUACUACUACUACUACUACUACUACUACUACUACUACUACUACUACUACUACUACUACUACUACUACUACUACUACUACUACUACUACUACUACUACUACUACUACUACUACUACUACUACUACUACUACUACUACUACUACUACUACUACUACUACUACUACUACUACUACUACUACUACUACUACUACUACUACUACUACUACUACUACUACUACUACUACUACUACUACUACUACUACUACUACUACUACUACUACUACUACUACUACUACUACUACUACUACUACUACUACUACUACUACUACUACUACUACUACUACUACUACUACUACUACUACUACUACUACUACUACUACUACUACUACUACUACUACUACUACUACUACUACUACUACUACUACUACUACUACUACUACUACUACUACUACUACUACUACUACUACUACUACUACUACUACUACUACUACUACUACUACUACUACUACUACUACUACUACUACUACUACUACUACUACUACUACUACUACUACUACUACUACUACUACUACUACUACUACUACUACUACUACUACUACUACUACUACUACUACUACUACUACUACUACUACUACUACUACUACUACUACUACUACUACUACUACUACUACUACUACUACUACUACUACUACUACUACUACUACUACUACUACUACUACUACUACUACUACUACUACUACUACUACUACUACUACUACUACUACUACUACUACUACUACUACUACUACUACUACUACUACUACUACUACUACUACUACUACUACUACUACUACUACUACUACUACUACUACUACUACUACUACUACUACUACUACUACUACUACUACUACUACUACUACUACUACUACUACUACUACUACUACUACCUGUUUUUUUAAAUAA